AAAAAUAAUAUGUUCGUGUUUAGUUGUCAUUGGUGCUAAUUUGCCACGUGCACGUCAGUGUUUCAACGUUUCGUUACUUGAAUACAAUAUUGCCGGUUCGCGUAUCGCUUUGAUGUAUCAAAGUUGUAAAGUACAUGGUAUUUCUGUAUUACAUUUAACGUUAUUUUUGUCGAUCCCGCAGGAACAUGUUUUACGGCAGAAGGUGACGCCAUGAAAAUUACAAAGUGUAUAAGUCUUCCACAUUAAUUAGUUUAUCUACGUAAAGUACUGUCAAAAUGAAUUUAAAAAACGUUAAGGACAGAUUGAAAGAUGAGACUUUAGAUCUUAGCUUGUGCGACCUGAAGGAAGUGCCUGUUCGAGAAAUCGCGACCAUUAAAAAAGCAACACAUUUGGAUUUAUCAAAUAAUCUAUUAACUUCUUUGCCUAAUAAUUUUGUCAAUCUUAAACAAAUAGUUAAGUUGGAUCUUAGUAGAAAUGCAUUGACAGAAAUUCCUGAAAAUUUUGGUGAAUUGAGGCAAUUGAAACAUUUGGAUCUUUAUGCAAAUCAGAUAAGCAGAUUACCACUCAGUUUAAGCGAGUUAAAAAAUUUAAGAUGGCUGGACUUAAAGGAAAAUCCUUUAACACCUGCAGUGGCAAGUGUAGCAGGACCUUGUAGUAAUUUAAGCGAAUGUCAAGCUUGUGCUAAAAAUAUUGUUACAUACUUAUCACGUGUGAAGCUUACUAUAGAAGAAGAAAAAUUACGAAGGUUAAAUGCAAUUGCAGAAGCAGAUGCAGCAGCAGCAAAAAAAGCAGCAAAGAAGAAAAAGAAGAAAGCAGAUAAAGAUAACAAACAAAAUUUAGAUAAAAAUGAAUCUAAUUCUUUGCUCAAGGUAUCAGAAGUCAAUGAAAACAAAGUAGAAACUUCUACAGUAACACAUCAGAAGAAAUGUACAAAUAAGAAAUUGGUUAAAGGAAAUACAUGUCGAACCUUAUUACGCACGAUUAUGUGGAUUUUCCUAUUUAGUUUAAUUCUUAUGCUGACAAUCUUGGUUCUUCCAUUGUACUCGAAACAAUCGGAAUUGUUUUUAAAUAAUUUAGAAACAAAGGCAGGUAUACCUCUGAAAGCAAUGCGACAACAUAGUACCGAUAUAUUUCAUUCUUUCUUGCGAAGUGCAUCUAAUAUCUACCAAGAUUUAUACUACGUUUACGAGAAGAACUUCAAUACGAACAAAAACAUUCCAAUAAAGGACUAAACCAUACUAAAA